GCGGAGCGGCGACCGGGGGCGACUGGCUCGCUCGGCAGGCGCGCGCACCAGCGGUGCUCACAGGUGGGCGACUCCGCCCGGCACGCCCGAGCCCGUCGUGCAGGGUCCCGGGCGCAGCGGCGCCCAGGGGAGCCGGUCCUCCUCCCGGUCCCCGCCUCUGUCGGAGGGCAGGCGUUGGCGUUAAUGAGAAGCGAGGAUGUGUUUACAGGAUGUGAGUUGAGUUCUUGCCACCUUUACCUUCCGAGAGAGCUUCUUAUGCCUCAUGGUGACAGAUGCAAAUCGGUACACUAAAGGGCAAUAUGAAGCCAGUAAAAAAAAAGAAAACCGAAGAACCUGAGUUGGAGCCCCUGUGCUGUUGCGAGUACAUAGAUCGAAAUGGGGAAAAGAACCACGUGGCUGCCUGUUUGUGUGAUUGUCAGGACCUCGAUGAAGGCUGUGACAGAUGGCUUACCUGUAAAUCACUUCGGCCAGAGACUUGCGAAAGAAUCACAGAUACAAUUUCUGAUCGCCUCCGAAUUCCUUGGCUCAGAGGAGCCAAAAAAGUUAAUAUUAGCAUCGUCCCUCCGCUUGUACUCUUGCCGGUUUUCCUUCACGUGGCUUCCUGGCACUUCCUGCUGGGCGUGGUGAUUCUGACCUCCCUCCCCAUGUUGGCACUCUGGUACUACUACCUCACUCACAGAAGGAAAGAACAGACGCUGUUUUUCCUGAGCCUCGGACUGUUCUCGCUGGGCUACAUGUACUAUGUGUUCCUCCGAGAAGUCGUUCCCCAGGGGCGCGUCGGGCCCGCUCAGCUGGCCCUGCUCACCUGCGGGCUGUUCCUGAUACUCUUCGCCUUGUACCGAGCCAAGAAGAACCCAGGCUACCUCAACAACCCAGCAUGCAAUGACAAAUCCCCAAGCAGCAGCCAAAUUGAAUGCCCAGUCAAAAAGGGGCAGGAGAAGACCAAAGGGUUCCCCAGCACAGAUACCUCGGGGAGCCUCAACAACCGCACACUGAAGGACGAUGUUAGGAGUUCCUCCAGGGUGGGGCUGGACAGCCCUGCCAAGGCGAAGGAAGACUGGUGUGCCAAGUGCCAGCUAGUACGGCCCGCCCGGGCAUGGCAUUGCCGGAUAUGCGGCAUCUGUGUAAGGAGAAUGGAUCAUCAUUGUGUCUGGAUAAACAGCUGCGUCGGGGAGUCAAACCACCAAGCGUUCAUACUUGCCCUUUCCGUCUUCUUGCUCACUUCGGUUUACGGGAUAUCGCUGACCUUGAGCACCAUCUGUGGGGACAGAAGCCUCUUCACGGCCCUCUUCUACUGUCCCGGAGUCUAUGCCAAUUACAGCUCAGCCCUAGCCUUCACCUGCGUGUGGUACUCUGUGAUCAUCACAGCGGGUAUGGCCUACAUCUUCCUUAUCCAGCUGAUAAACAUCAGCUACAACGUAACAGAGAGGGAGGUGCAGCAGGCCCUUCGGCAGAAGACCGGGCGCCGGCUCCUCUGCGGGCUCAUCGUGGACACAGGCCAGUACAACAGGGGCUUCCUGCGCAACUGGGUCCAGUUCUCCACCCUCGGCACUCGCACAGUCCACAACCCCGCCGAGGACAUCGUCUGAAGUGCCUUCCGUGCAGCUCUGUGGGACAUGCCUCUGUCCUUUCCACUUUCCACGUUAGUAUCCAUGCAGGAUUCUUCGCCACCGCCCACUCCUCAGAGGUACUGGAGGGCUAUGCUCAGGUGUGGAGAGAGGACUGAGGAAAGGGUAAUUUUUCUUCUGCCUUUAUAACUUACAGGAGUUCAGUACUGAAGAGAGUCAGACCUUCCUGUCACCGUGCUGACUCAGGCCGCAGAAGCAGCAAAGAGGCUGCGGAUCACACAAACUGUUCAUAUGAAGAAGGAAGUUAGUUAGUUAGAACUAGGAACGUUUCUAGCCUUCCUUUCAAUUCUUAAUAGCCAUAUGACCCCUUGGUAGAGUCACUUUUCCCAAGUCUCAGGUUCAUCUGUAUGGGGGCUUCUACUGCCUGGCUACCUCCUGGAGCAGCCAUCAUGGCCACCUGAGAAGGGUGUGGAAGCACUCCAGUCCACUCAAGCAUUGGAGGAAUCAGGCAUUAGGAAAUCCCUAGGACUGAAGCAGACCGCCUGUAGGUUAGAACGCUGAAGCCAGUACUAUUAAGACAAUCAGUUUGUACAGUUAUGGAAAUUCUCUGUGUUAGACCUGUUCUCGCAGGAGAGCGACGAGGGUCAACGCUAGUCAUCUUGCCUUGAGAAGGACAGCUGAUGAAAAUACUUAUUAUGUGUGCAGUGCGUAGUGGGCAGAAAUUUAGGUGACAAAUAUAUUUAUUUGUUAAUGUAUCAUUUUAUAUUUAUUAUCAUUCUAACAAGUUUUUCCCUCCUUCCAUGUUUUACCUGGGUGAGGUGCACUCACACACUGGUAGUGGUGGCAGGAAGGAGAGGAGACUGUCCUCUGAGAACAUUUCCCCUCUUUUGUGACUGUGGAGGCUGAUUAAUAUUAAGGGCUUGAUUUUUUAUUAUUGUUUGUGUAUUUCCAGUGCUGUAGGUUUACAGCACUAAAUGGGAACAUCAGCCUGGCAUGAACUCUCUCCGGGUGCCUGACACCUUCCCAUAGCCUCGUGGCUGCUCAUUCGCCCUCCCUGUGAACACACGUCUCACUAGGAGAGAACAACAGGGUAUAUGUGCCUCCCAGCGCUGACCAGAAUACUGCUUUCCAGCUCUUCCCAGCACUAAAAUUGUUCCUUUGUGUCUCAGAACUGAAACUUGGGGAAGCCUGCAGAAUGGGCCCUCUUCCUGCCAUAGAAACGGGAGAUCCCUAUGAGGAAAAUUCCAUCUUGAAAGCGUUUGUUUUUUACACAUGUACUGUUUCUGCGCUCCCACAGAUCAGAGAUAAUUUGUGAGACCUUGAAUUUGCCUUGGCCUUGUUGCUAGAGGGAAACAGUACUUUGUGGGUUUGCUGCUGGUUGCUGUUCUGUGCCUGUUCGCACACACUGAGGAAACGCUCCUGCUUCUUGGUGUAGUCUGCCCUUUGUGCCGAGCACCGCCCUGAAACUUGCCAUUAACCAGGGCUUUCCUGAAGACUGGCACCACAUUUUCAUCCAGAGACCUAUUGUUUAAUAAAUAGUAGACUCCAUAUUCCACUGGGUAAGCCAGAGAGCGAGCCUGGGGAUGUCCGCUGACUGCAGCUUCUGCAGCCAUGCUUGUGCCUGGCCCAGAGUCCGACGUUCAUUUAGAAUGAAAGUUGGCUUGGAUACAACUCAUUUCUGUCUUCGUGGGUUUUAGGUAAGAGAGAUGGUAGUAAUGUCAAAGACAGCGCAUGUGGGCAGAAAUUGGUAGUUUUCAUGUCACUAGAAUACCAGAUAUGUAGCCAAAUCUGAACAUCUAGCUGCUGUGAAAAUUUACAGAAAAGGGAUAGUCAGUCCAAGUGCCUGCUGCACCUUUAGCAGCAGUGCACCUGGGGUGUGAAGGCCAGCACUGCCCCAAGACCCUGCGUGGGAGAAUUAGGAAUGAGCACCCUCUUUCUCAGAGCUUGCCACUCAAGACUCACAUGAAUGAAUGAAUGAAUGAAUGAACGAACGAACGAAUGAAUGAACAAACGAGGCCACUCAUUUCCCCUCACAUGGAUGGGGACUCCUUGUUGGUUCUGUUGCUCACUGGAAUUAAGAAGCCAGACUUUUUUUUUUUUAAGAUUUUACGUGUGUGUGUGUGUGU